AUGAGCGCAGCAGCGCGCCGGCCGCAGAUGGAACUCGGCGAUAAAACUGAUUCACAACGCCGGACGCGCAGCGCGAACGGCAGCGCAACGCGCGCCGUGUUGUUCCGCCGCCUCCGCCAGAUAACGCGGCGGGCCGUCAGCGCCGCCGCUCCAGCUGCCGCUCUAGCAAAGGCUUGCCGUUUCGGAGGGCGGAAGCCAACUCUCGGGGCAGUAACUGGCAAGGAAGUCGAUCGCUGCUCUGCAGACAAGCCAGCGGGUGGCGGCAGCGCCGGAGGUCUCGAGGGCGGCGGAAGUGUCGGGGGCGGCGCAGGGGGCGGAGGCUCUGCCGCAGAGGAGCCCGCGGUGGCAAUCAAUUCACGCGGAAAGGGCGUCGCACGAAUAUAUGUGACAGGUGUUGAAUCGGCGGCAGGGCCGGCGAUCCAUCUCCCGCCCGCCUCUGAUCGAAUCGGCGGCGGUGAGGGUGAUGUAGGCGGCUGCGCGCUUUUAAGCGGGAGGGGCUGCCCGGGGCGGCCGCGCGGAGCGACUCGCAGCCACGAGACAGUCCCGCAGGGCGAGCGCCGCCAGGCCGACGUGACGACCAGGGAGCGGGCGGCUGGCGGAGGGCAGGCGUGA